GAAAUCCUCUCGCUGCCAGCUGCGGACGGAGGCGAAGGAGUUCCAGGGUAAAUUAUACGAACCUUGGACGAUGCACUGAAGAGGGAAAUACAAAUGAUCAUUUAGCUCCUCGAGCCUCCAGCUGGGAAGACUCAAACGUGCAAACUUCUCUUUCCAGUUAUAAUUUUAAGGAUUUGUUAAUUAUUACACUGACUGCCUAUUUGGUCGUUACACUAACCAGCCACAUGUGGCAGCUGUGGUUCAAUAUGCUUUACUAUACAAGCCCUAUCUAAAUAUUCCAUUGUUAACUACAGAAUUGAAGUUUAUGUUGAACUUUUUGUGUCCACAUAACCGCAUUGCUUGAGCCAAACAAACUAAUUAUUGGUGACACGAAUUGCUGUCACACAGCCAGUAUUUACGAAUGAUUUCUGAAAUGGAUGAACUUGAGAAAGACUAUCUAUAUGCGCUAAGUUUAAUGGACGAUGACGAAUUGGAUAUGUAUCAAUCAAUCUCUGCGCUCUCCGUGUCCCAGCCGAUUUUCCCCACGGCGCCUCCUUUCAGCGCUGAUCCCGAGGACCAUUUUUAUGAGACGAUAGGUGGCGCAGCAGCUGCUGCCCCUCCUUUAGAACCGUACUACUUUGAAGUGCAGCAUGAGCUCAAGGACUACACAGACACAGAGCAGGUGCCCGUGAGAGAGGCGACCAUUCCCGCGCCUGGGGAUGCCAUGCCGCCCCCGGUGCCUCCAAGGCGGAGGUUCCUGAGUGUUCAACAACGGACCGAGAGACCGCGCUCCUGUGAUUUUUCGAGGAAAAUCUUACGAACCGCCACAUCUGUCGACUCGAGGGUCUUUGCUGAUGACAACUGGACUAUCAGACUGAUUGAUAGUCCUCAGGGAAACAAUAUUCGAAUAUCCUGUCUGUGUGUCUCAACAACAAGGCUAAUGUGCCGAUACCCCCACAACAACCCCGACUUUAACACCGGUUUGGUGUGGGGCAGAGUGUUCCCUCUUCACCCGUCUCUUUUGAAGACAGAUGAGUUUGAGUUAACCUUCAACGUAUCCACGCCAUGGUUCUCACAACCACUACCGGUCCCCACUAAUCUAAACAGGACAGUACUGGAGUUUAUUCAGGAGAUUUGCAUUCUGUUGGAACAGCCGCCCAGUGACGCUGACCAGUGCCUCAUGAAGCUCUGUGACUCCGAGGAGUACCUGAGAAAUGACGAGAUUCUAGGACUAUAUGAGAGCAUUCAGAAGUAUCACAAGUUCUCUUUGGACAUGCCCGUGAGAAUUGUACAGCAUAGCAAUGUGGCGAAUCGGCUGUCCAGAGAUGAGGAAGAUGACAACCAACCAUUUCAUUUAAAUCACCUUUUGCGGUCUGCGAGUCUCUUCAACACAUCACGGACGACUCUUCAGCUGAAGCUGUGUUCCUACAAAGAGAGGUUGAACCAGUUCUUGAGGACUCAGUCUGGGGACAAUGUAAACCAGAUAGUAACAGAGGUGCGGACCAUCUGCAAUCUACUGUCCGGUGUUUCUACUGUCCAACUGGAGGAGGCCAUAGGCACUGUCAAGAGAAGAAAGCCCAGUUCGCUGAUCCCGUCAGAGAUGAGUGACACAGAGACAGAUGUGGUGAUCCUGCACCAAGCUCUGGAGAAACUUCUGUACAUCUUCUUUGACAACUUCCACUCUGACUUCCGAUUUGAGGAUGCGAAUCACGUUCUCCCCGAGGCUGACGUUGGCCUCCACACGGGCACUCUGCAGUUCAACCUCGCUGCCCUCUACAAACUAGAACCCAGCUGGCUCACCAGUCUGGAUUUGUUUAGCCUGUCGUCCUCCCUGACGUACGGAGGCAAGAACCUCUGUGAGCCGGUGGUGUCUGAGAACAUCAGCACCGCUCUCUCCAUGGGCAACAAGCUCCGCUGCAACAGAAUGGUGGUAUUCCCGGUCCAGGUCCGAGAUCUUCCCUAUGAAUCCAUGCUGACGUUCCGUCUGUUUGGGUCCAAACAGGGCAAAUCCCAAGAGCUUCUGCGCUGGGCAGUCCUACCCCUCUACACUAACAGGACGCUGGUCUGCGGCACCACGCUGCUCAGUAUGUCCAUGCUCGUGGAGGUCAGCACGCCUCCGUCACCGGCCCUCGCCGACAACCACCGCCAGCCCACCAACGGGGUCAUCCUGCAGGUGGAGUUCCCAGAGCAGAAACAUUGGACAUAUCACAGACCUGUUGCUCUGCCUGGGUCAGUGUUGUUCACGGAGCCUUGUUUGGAGCUCAAAAGAAGAAUUCUGCAGGUUUCCCAGGGCCACUGUUUUCAUCUGCUGACGGAGAACGAGCGAGCCUUGCUGUGGUCCAAGCGCCACUCCUGCAAUAAGAAGAACAGCCUGCUGCACCUGGUGCUGGGUGGCGCCCCCCGGUGGCGACCGCAGGACCUGACGGAGAUCUACACCAUCCUGGAGAACUGGAACCUGCAGACCUCAGAGGAGGCUCUCUUCCUGCUCAGUGACAGUUUUCAGGACCAGACCGUGCGGAGGGCCGCUGUGCAGUACUUUGAGUUUGAGUCAGACGGGGAGCUGGAGGAGUUUUUGCCACAGCUGGUGCAGGCUCUAAAGAUGGAGUGGGAGCUGGAUGGGCCUCUGGUGACACUGCUGCUGCAGCGCUCCCUAGGCAACGUGCGCAUCGCUCAGCAGCUGUACUGGCUGCUGGUGGACGCUCAGGAGGAUGCGCACUACCGCGGCUGGUUCGUCAAGGUGAUGGCAGCGCUGAGGCACUGCUGCGGCCGCGUCCUCAGGGUGGAGCUGGAGCGAGAGACACAGCUGCUCGCAAUACUCGCCGAGGUGGCCAAGAGGAUCCGGAACACCGACAAGGCCAGGAGGAAGGAUGUUUUGAACAGCGGCAGGUUGAAAAUCGAUAACUUCUUCAAAGGAGGGAUGUCUUGUCGGUUACCUCUGGACCCGGCCAUCCUGGUGACGGGGGUGGACGUGGAUGCCUGUAAGUUCUACAACUCCAACGCUGCACCACUGGACGUGUCCUUCAUCACUGCUGACCCUCUUAGCAAAAAUGUCCACGUCAUCUGCAAGACGGGAGAUAACUUGCGGCAGGACAUGCUGGUGCUGCAGAUCGUGCGUGUGAUGAACAGGGUGUGGCUGCAGGAGGGACUGGACAUGCGUAUGGUCACCUACAGGUGCCUCGCCACAGGCCACAACCAGGGACUGAUAGAGGUGGUGCCUGACGCAGUGACCCUGGCCAAGAUCCACCUGGAGUUCGGGAUUGGGGGAGUACUGAGGGAGGACUCCCUGGAGAAAUGGUUCCACAUGAGGAACAAGACAUGGGAAAACUAUGAGGAGGCUGUUAUGAACUUCCUGCACUCCUGUGCGGGCUGGUGUGUGGCGACAUUUGUACUGGGCAUCUGUGAUCGCCAUAACGACAACAUCAUGCUCAAACACAGCGGCCACAUGUUCCACAUCGACUUCGGCAAGAUCAUGGGCAACGCCCAGAAGUUUGCUACCAUUAAAAGGGACCGGACCCCAUUCAUCUUCUCAUCAGAGAUGCAGCACUUUAUUACAGGAGGGGGGGAGAAUCCGCAGCGCUUCCAUCGCUUUGUGGAGCUAUGCUGCAAAGCGUAUAAUGGACUGCGAAAACGUAGCGUCCUGGUGCUAAGCCUGCUACAGCUGAUGCUGGGUGCAGGCAUGCCGGAGAUGAAGGAUGUGCAGGACCUGCAGUUUGUGCACAACAACCUCAGACCUCGCCACUCUGACCUGGAGGCAACCGAGUACUUCACACAGAAGAUCAAGGAGAGCAUGGGGAGUUUCCCCGUCAAGCUCAACUUCCUCAUCCAUAACAUGGUCCAGAAGAAGACCCCGUCGCCCCCGGCCCCCGCGCACUCGGCCUCCUCCGGCACCAACAUCCAGGAGGCCGUCAUCCAGAAGCACCGGGUGAAAGGAAAAGAUGUGACCUUUGAAGUGCGGGUGACCAUUGAUGAUGGGUAUCUCAUCAGUGAAAAAACGCUUGGACAAUUUGAGCUAAUUCACAGAAAGCUGCAGAAGCACUUUAUAGAGUCUGCUCUUCCACAAUUCCCCAGGUGGUUUAAUAUGUCUUUUACAGCAGGCAGAAAAAUGACUCUGCUCAACAAAUAUUUGAAGGAGCUGUUUGAGGGCCCAUGCAAAGGGAAUGAGUUUGUCUGCAGCCUGUUCCUGGAUGGCCCCACAAUGAUGAAAGAUCCAAGUGGUCCAUCCAAACCCCAGAUUCAGCUCCUCAUGUCUUACAAAGACUUGAAACUCUCAGUGAUGGUCAAGCACCUAAAGAACAUUAGAUUGCCAAACGGCUCGUGUCCUGAUGCCUACGUGGUGACACGCCUCAGACCAGAGCAGCACAACGGUUCAAAGAAAAAGACCAAAGUGGUGAAGAACAACAACAACCCGACAUUCAACGAACUGAUUGAGUACAGCAAUGUCCUGAGUCUCCACGAUCGUGUGCUGGAGGUGACGGUCAAGAGUAAGAAGACCGCGGUGGUGGAGACCAACAUCUGCCUGUGGGAGAGAGAGAUGGACGUCGAGGUGUGGUACCCGCUUGGACAAUGUUCCGCUUAAAAAAAAAAAAACUCAGUGGAGUGUGUUUUAGCCCUGUGGCCACCAGGUGGCAGUCGACACCUUUGGUGAAGUGACUGCACUGCACAUUCACUUUGAAGCGAAGCCAGGCAAGGCAGACAGACUGACGGGACUGGAUGGAGUUGUUACAGAAGAACCAAGGGGGAGAACUGUUUACAAGAGUCAACUGUUCAUACGGCAGUGUUAUAUGGAACUGCAGUGUGAACGUCCAGGAGAAAUAUGUACUGUACAUAAGAGAGAGACAUGAUGUGCAUAAAAGUUUUCUUAUGGUUUUAACACUAUAUUGUGCAAACUCCAGGUCAUCUUGGCUAGAUACUGUACUAGGGACAUUUAUAAAACAUAAUAGAGGAUAAUUGACACAUGACAAAACUAAAGUGAAACGUUUGAAAGUGCCCUUUUUGCAGAAGGUCCGGCCUUCCUGCUGGCUACAGUGUCCUAAUGACCCGCUCUGUGUGGAGAACUCUUUGUGGUUCCUGCUCUGGGUGUUGAAUGGAUGCCUUUUGACUGCAUGGCGGCUUUUGAAAUAGCAUGUCCUGCGUCAGCACACACACACACACACACACACACACACACACACACACACACACACACACACACACACACA